AUGGGCUGGCGGCGCCCGCAUGACCCGCGCGGGCGGGAGGGCGUGGGGAGGCAGGUCGGGGCUCGCUGCCGGGCCCUAUCGCCGCCUCCGCCGCCUCCCGGACGGGAAGUGAGUUGCCCGGUCCCACAGUACAGUGCCGGCGCGCCGGUAAGAGGGACCCGCAGUCGCCCGCACGCGGGGAUAAGCAUGGCGGCCGCCAAGGUGGCUUUAACCAAGAGAGCAGAUCCAGCUGAGCUUAGAACAAUAUUUUUGAAGUAUGCAAGCAUCGAAAAAAAUGGUGAAUUUUUCAUGUCUCCCAAUGAUUUUGUCACUCGGUACUUGAAUAUAUUUGGAGAAAGCCAGCCUAAUCCAAAGAGUGUGGAACUUUUAAGUGGCGUGGUGGAUCAGACCAAAGAUGGAUUAAUAUCCUUUCAAGAAUUUGUAGCAUUUGAAUCUGUCCUUUGUGCCCCGGAUGCUCUGUUCAUGGUGGCCUUUCAGCUGUUUGACAAAGCCGGCCAAGGAGAAGUUACUUUUGAGGACGUUAAGCGAGUUUUUGAACAGACUACAAUUCAUCAACAUAUUCCAUUUAACUGGGAUUCAGAAUUUGUGCAACUGCAUUUUGGAAAAGAACGAAAGAGGCACCUGACAUAUGCGGAAUUCACUCAGUUUUUGCUGGAAAUACAGUUGGAGCAUGCAAAGCAAGCCUUUGUGCAAAGGGACAAUGCCAAGACUGGAAAAGUCACAGCCAUUGACUUCCGAGACAUCAUGGUCACCAUCCGCCCCCAUGUCUUGACACCUUUUGUAGAAGAAUGUCUAGUAGCUGCUGCUGGAGGUACCACGUCCCAUCAAGUCAGCUUCUCCUAUUUUAAUGGGUUUAAUUCGCUCCUUAACAACAUGGAACUCAUUAGAAAGAUCUACAGCACUCUGGCAGGCAACAAGAAAGACGUAGAGGUGACUAAGGAGGAGUUUGUUCUGGCAGCUCAGAAAUUUGGUCAGGUUACACCCAUGGAAGUUGACAUCUUGUUUCAGUUAGCAGAUUUAUAUGAGCCACGGGGGCGGAUGACCUUAGCAGACAUUGAACGAAUUGCUCCUCUGGAAGAGGGAACUCUACCCUUCAACUUGGCUGAGGCCCAGAGGCAGAAGAAGGCUUCAGUCGAUUCAUCUCGACCAAUUCUCCUACAAGUUGCAGAGUCGGCCUACAGAUUUGGUUUGGGUUCUAUUGCUGGAGCUGUGGGAGCCACUGCCGUGUAUCCUAUUGAUCUUGUCAAAACUCGAAUGCAGAACCAACGAUCAACUGGCUCUUUUGUGGGAGAACUUAUGUAUAAAAACAGCUUUGACUGUUUUAAGAAAGUGCUACGCUAUGAAGGCUUCUUUGGACUGUAUAGAGGUCUGUUGCCACAGUUAUUGGGAGUCGCCCCAGAGAAGGCCAUAAAACUUACAGUGAACGAUUUUGUGAGGGAUAAAUUUAUGCACAAAGAUGGUUCGGUUCCACUUGCAGCAGAAAUUCUUGCCGGAGGCUGUGCAGGAGGUUCCCAGGUGAUUUUCACAAAUCCUUUGGAAAUCGUCAAGAUCCGUUUGCAGGUGGCUGGGGAAAUCACCACUGGUCCCCGAGUCAGUGCUCUGUCUGUCGUAAGGGACCUGGGGAUCUUUGGGAUCUACAAGGGUGCCAAAGCAUGCUUUCUGCGGGACAUUCCUUUCUCGGCCAUCUACUUCCCGUGCUAUGCUCAUGUGAAGGCUUCCUUUGCGAGUGAAGAUGGCCAGAUUAGCCCAGGAAGCCUGCUCUUAGCGGGCGCCAUAGCUGGUAUGCCGGCAGCAUCGUUAGUGACCCCUGCUGAUGUUAUCAAGACUCGAUUACAGGUGGCCGCCAGGGCCGGCCAAACCACUUACAGCGGCGUGAUGGACUGCUUCAGGAAGAUACUGCGGGAGGAGGGCCCGAAAGCUCUGUGGAAGGGAGCUGGUGCUCGUGUGUUUCGGUCCUCACCCCAGUUUGGUGUAACUCUGCUGACCUAUGAAUUGCUGCAACGGUGGUUCUACGUUGAUUUUGGAGGAACGAAACCCGUGGGAUCAGAGCCAGUUCCUAAGUCCCGGAUCACACUGCCUGCCCCGAAUCCUGAUCACGUUGGGGGCUACAAACUGGCAGUUGCAACGUUCGCAGGGAUUGAAAACAAAUUUGGACUCUACUUACCUCUCUUCAAGCCAUCAGUAUCUACCUCGAAAGUUACCAGUGUUGGCUCCUAGAAGGACUGGCUGUGGGAUGUUGCCAUGGCUUUGUUACAUGGGUAAAGGUUACCCCAUCUCGGACUGAAGCAAUAUUUCAUUCCUUUCAGGUCCAUCUUUUGUUCAAAUUCAAGUCUAGGCUUUUUUAUGAGGGGAAAUCAUUCAUUUGCUUUAUGUUUUUUUCACCAGAUCAUUGUAAAAUUAUUCAUAAUUGCUCUUUGGGCAUCUGCUCACAAACCUUCGUUUGCACCUGACAUUUCCUGGGAUUUGGUCAACACCCAUGAUUUGGGAGAAAGAGCAAAGCUGAAUAGAAAUUAGAGCUAUUGUCCUUAGAUUAGGAUUAUAAUCCCAGAGGGGCUACUGAAAGGCAGUCAGGGUGCUCAGAGCAAAGUCUUUCAUGUGCAUUUAAACUGGUAAGAAACUGGGUGCGUGUUUAGAAAAAGUAAAAGGCACUGGAAGCAAUGAAAAGGGUCAGAAUUAGCCAUCUUAGCCUGGCUUCAGAUUUUAAAUGUGCACUAAUUGUGCCUCUGGAUUAUAUUAUGAAGCUUUUAUAGGAAACACAGUUGUUUUGUUUUUUGUCUUGUUUUUUUGGUAAUGAAAACCACGGUGAGGAUAUUUAAUAAUCUUAUUCUGUUACUGAUACCAAAAUGAGUAGUAUGAAGGUUUGUCCUUUGGGGAAGUCCUCUUGGCAUUUUAUUACAGAGAGAAGCCAUGAGAUGCAGCCCAGCUUCUGGAUGUGCUAACUUUGGAUAACCUCUCGUAGGCUGCGCAUGCGCUGCUUACUGCCUAUGGCGAUGAACACUAGAAAAAUGCACGCCCCCCCCCCUUUUACCUGGCCUAAUUCCCUCUGGACUCCCCACAAUCGAUUUAAAGUCCACUUUAUCUUGAAUCAUGUAAGACAAAUGUACUCUACUGUAAGUUUUUAUUUAAUUUGUGGAGCCUCGCAUAAUUGUCAGAAGGCUUGUGUGCUUGUGAAGGAGGGAAAUAAACUAUUUUUAAAGUUACUGAAUUCUUUUUCUUUGUGUCACA